GCUACCGGGAUAGUUGGUCACCUUAGCUUUGCUGAUGGCCGAGAGCCUGCAAAGCCCAGUGGAUGCAGUUGAUUCCAAUGCGCUUGAGCUGGUGGAUAGGGCUUCUGCAGCAGCAGCAAAGGGGGAGCUGCUGGUGAUCCUGGACUUUGACCGGACUCUGACCAGUAAUUUCAUGCCGGAUGGACAGCGCGUCACAUCUGCGCAUGGCAUCUUAGAGGUUGCAAGUGUUUUGUCGGAGACUUUCAAGUCCAAAGCACAAGAGCUUUUCCGAAAGUACUACCCGAUUGAAAUCGACGAGAAGAUGCCUAUUGAUGAGAAGGUGCCGAUUAUGCAUAAAUGGUAUGGUCAAGUGCAUGAGCUGAUCAUGAAAGAAAACGUCACCAAAGACAACAUCGCAGGGGCCGUCUCCAGCUGCAAAACCAUCCGACUACGCGAUGGAAUGCUGGACUUCUUGCAGAGCUGUCAGUCACAUGAUCCGGUCAUCCCAGUGA